GGGCGGCCCACCAUGAUAUUAAAUUAAUUUCUCGGGGUUUGGUCGCCCGUCGGUUGCACCUCAUAUUCGCUCAAAAAAAAAAAAAAACUUAAUAAUUAAUAUAUAAACCCUAAACAAAACUCCAUUGCUGCACCGCAAGAUGGAAGGGACAGAAGAGAAGCGGUUGGAGCUGGACGACUUCAUUGUUGGGACUCUACCUAGUCUUUAUUACAUCCCCAACUUCAUCACAGAAUCUGAGCAAGCCCAGCUUCUCCACCAUAUUUAUGAGGUACCAGCAUCUAGAUGGAAGCACUUGAAGAACAGGAGAUUACAGAAUUGGGGUGGUGUGGUGCAUGAAAAGGGCCUUUUGCCACAGGAAUUGCCUUCCUGGCUUACAAAGAUUACUCAAAGAAUAUGUCAACAAACAGGGUUGUUUCCAUCACCAAUAAACCAUGUGCUCAUCAAUGAAUACCUUCCUGAUCAAGGGAUCAUGCCUCACCAAGACGGCCCUGCCUAUUUCCCCAUUGUGGCAAUUAUAUCUCUGGAAUCUCCUGUUAUGAUUGAUUUUAUUGCCCAUCCAAGAUUGAGAGAAGAUUCGUCUACUUGUACAAUUGCAGCUAAAGCUGAGACAGAUGGCUCAUUGGGUGAGUCAUUAUGCAGACCAGAAGUUGACCAUGAUCCUUGCUCUCUUCUACUAAUGCCCUGUAGUUUACUGAUAUUCAAAGAUCAGGCUUAUACAGAUUACCUUCAUGGCAUACAAGAUUCUGAAUUGUGCAGUCUUGAAAAGUUAACUCAGGUUCUGAAUGUUUCGGAAGUGAAGAAACUUCAAGCAGAGGAGCUUCCUUGUGACCCUGUGCAAGCAAAAGACUCCAAUGGCACUGGACAAAGUAACAUCUUCCGUAGAACUUCAAAGAGAGUCUCACUAACAUGUCGUUUGGUGCUGAAAGUUCACAGGAAUCUGUUCAAAUUCUAAAACAGUUCAUGUGAAAUAUGAUUUAAACCUUUAGUAUCAAUUCAAUGACAAGUUUUUCUGAAUUGAAAUGCAAUAAAUGGUUUUUCCCAAAGAAA